AUGCUCGAGGACCUCAUCAUAGGCUCGCGGAAGGCAAAGUUCUUAGACCGAGCCGGAUUACGCUCUAAGACUAGCGCUAUAUCGCUAUCGCUAUUAAUAGCCGCCAACUAUAGUAUCACGAUCGAUAUACUAAAGCGCCUAAUAGCCGAGUCUCUAGAUAUAUUCGGGCAGAAGCGGGCUAAGAUUGCCUCGCUCGAGAAGCUAAGGUUUCGGUCACCCCAGCAAGAAGAGGCCGUCAGGUUAGCCGCGGCGAAGCAAAGCCCGCUAGUUACUAUGCUACCAACCGGCGGCGGGAAGAGCCUAGUCUUUAUAGUCCCGGCCAUGCUAGCAGGUAUAGGCGUGACUAUCGUGGUAGCUCUGUUCGCCGAGUUAAAGAGGCAGCUGGUCAUACGCUGCGUCAAUGCCGGCCUAGAUUGCAAGUCCUAG